AUGGCCACUCUGCCCGUCAAUGCUUUCCAGGAAAAUGCAGCAAGGCUGGGGAUGAGGAUACAGGAAUCACUCUCAGAGCAUCUCACUCGAGACUUUGGAUCGAGUACUGCGGCUCUGUUUGACAGUCCAGACGACAGACUCACCGAUGUCCGCAAGCAGCUCGACUCGACGAGUGAUAGAGAAAAGAUUGAUGCGCUCAGACGGCUUAUUGCGAUGAUCUCAAAAGGUCGAAAUGUAUCCGAGUUCUUUGCCCAAGUCGUCAAGAAUGUUGCAUCGCACAACCUUGAAGUCAGGAAACUGGUCUACAUCUACAUCUUGCGCUAUGCAGAAUCAGAGCCCGACCUAGCUUUGCUCAGCAUUAACACAUUUCAGAAGGAUCUCACAGAUAGUAAUCCACUUAUCCGAGCCAUGGCGCUUCGAGUGCUGUCUGGGAUUCGGGUUUCUAUGAUUGGGUCUAUUGUCGUGCUUGCUAUCAAAAAGUGUGCGUCAGACGUCAGUCCGUAUGUCAGAAAGACGGCAGCAUUGGCAAUUCCAAAGUGCCUGAGCCUAGAUGACUCGCAGCGUCGGGAGCUCAUGACUAUACUCAUUUCUUUGCUCAACGAGCGUUCCCCUCUGGCCAUUGGAACCGUGCUGGUGGCAUUUAAUGCCGUCUGUCCGGAGCGACUGGAUCUUUUACAUCCACAUUAUCGGCGACUCUGCAGGCUCCUACCAGAUGCAGAUGAAUGGGGACAGGUUACCAUUGUCAAUUUGUUGGUUCGUUAUGCUCGUCGGAUGUUGCCACAGCCGAUAGUUCGUGAAGACUACAGUAAUUCGGUUGUUGAAACUGUUGAUCCGGACUUGCAAUUACUCCUUACUGGCGUUGAACCUCUCCUUCUGAGUAGGAAUGCAGCUGUUGUAAUGGCUGCCAGUCGAGGAAUCUAUUACCUUGCUCCACCUUCACAAACCACAAAGGCGGUCUCUCCUCUCCUCAAACUACUGCAUACAUCUCCCGAAGUGGAACGUGUCGUCGUAGAAGAGCUCUACCUCAUUUCUCGCGCAUCACCCGUAGAACCUAAUGGCACCGCACUACAGCAGACUUCUCCUACGCUCAUCAGACGCGACAUCUACCAAACUUGCCAAGCUCAAAACCUCGUGAAAAUCAUGAAAUCUGAAAAUGCUGGAGCGCUCCUGGGCGAGUUCGGCGAGUAUGUGAAGGACCGUGAUGAUUCAGUGGCAGCGGCGGCUGUCAACGCCAUUGGAACAUGUGCACGACUCCUCCCAGAAUAUACUUCGAGAUGCAUAAAUGUUCUCAUCUCGCUCAUGAAAGAUAGCCAUGAUGCAGUAGGUAGCGGCGCCGUGCGCGUCCUCAAGGACCUUGUCCAACUCAACUCCACGACUUCUGGAACUACUAUUGUUGAAGGAAUAGCAUCAAUACAGAGCCCAAGCGAGAUCAUUGCAUCUCUCGCCUCCCAGUUUGACGAUGUCAAGCAUCCGCGGGCAAAGGCGUGUGUAAUAUGGCUUGUUGGUCAAUACGCUCGUACUACGAGUGAAUCGGUGACCAUUCCAGGAAUCGAAAACUGGGCGCCGGACGUACUUCGUCGAGCAUUGAAGUCUUUUACAAAGGACUACAAAGUCGUCAAGCUACAAACGAUGACCCUCUCCGCCAAAUUACUCUCGUUGUCUCCUGAAACCGACGUGAUAGGCAAAAUGACCCUUUAUUGUCUCAACCUGGCGAGGUUUGACGAAGACUACGACGUGAGAGAUCGUGGUAGAAUGCUGUCCACACUACUCUCAGAUAUUUCGCCAGUUUUGCGAAGUGAAAUGAUGCAAAGCAAUGGGGUAGCUGAGGAGGAUGGUAGCGAAGAGGCUGGUCGCGGAGUCAUCACUCUUCGAGCUCCACAAGUUCAAAUGAUUCUAUUCCGAGGCAAGGUUCCUUCUGAAGAGGAAGAGGACCCAAUCGAUCCUACCAUGACGCUAGGAUCAAUGGCACUUGUUACAGGAAAGAUGAUGUCCUCGUCUUGGGUCCUCCCACCCUGGGAGGAAAAAGGGACAGAAGGUUCGCUACGAGAUUCUCCGGAAGAUAAGCAGGCUCCUCCCCUGGCCGCAUACUCUGUCCCAAUCGAAAAAAGGACUACGAUGCAAGGCUUUGGGAAUUCGCCUAUGGGCGGAGUCUCACCGGUGCCAACGGGAUCGUUGGCUCCUUCGGGAACGAAUACACCGUCGGGAUCCACAUCGAAAUGGAAAGAUCUUGAUUCAUUCUACGCUGAUGAAACAGAGGCGAGGCCAGUCGCGGCUCGCGCUGCAGCAACAGUAGCGAGGUCUCAGCCAGAAGCAAGCGAGGAAGAGGAGGAGAGUGAAGAAGAGACUGAUGAGGAAGAAGAUAGUGAAGAGGAGGAUGAAGAUAACCGCCUCAAGGGGUAUACGGCCGCUCUUCAGAGAUUGUCCGCACGAACAGGGACACCUAUCACCUCACUAGCUGUGUCGUUUGCAAUCCUUCAUGAACUCACGGCGCUCGUGCCGCUCGUCGGCGUGUACUGGGGAGCUAGAACCUUUGGAGUUGGAGACCAAAUGAUGAAGUACCUUCCUAAGAAAGGAAAGGAUGACAUUGAGGAGCCCAAAGACUCUGGAGUGAUUAAUGAGACGCUCGCAACGUGGGCCAAAGAAGGGGAGCGGAGAAUGGUUAGAGUGGGCGCAAGAUAUGGCGUAUUUGGAUUUGAAAAGGGACAAAAAGUCACGGAAGAGGAUCUGGGCAAGCUUGGAGACGCGGUCGCACGUGAAGUUGCCAACGGAGCCUUUGCAUACAUAGUGGUCAAGGCUCUACUUCCUGUGCGCAUUGGCGCGUCGCUAUACCUCUCCCCGGCAUUCUCAAGACGGUUCCUACAGCCUAUUGCAGAGUUGGCCCCCAAUAACUUGACCUCUACUACCACUAUGAAGCCAAUCCCUAUCACCGUAUUCACCGUUGUUGAAGGAACAUCGGUCAAUGGUCCUACAGGGUUCCUCGGAUCCGGGAAAACGACUACAAUCUUAUCCCUGUUACCUCAGCUCCCGAGAGAUUAUAAGGUUGUCCUGUUGAAGAAUGAAUUCGGAGAUGUCGAAGUCGAUUCACAACUUGCAAAGCAAUCGUCUCUUGCGGCUGUAUCGGAGAUCCUCAAUGGAUGCAUGUGCGCGACCCCCUUUUCCGAUGUCCAAAAGCUCAUCAACCAAAAGGUGUUGCAUUCUCGUCGGGCAGAUGAAAACGGCAUUAUUGGAGAUUCAGAGACCUACAAUCCAGACAGGAUUAUCAUCGAAACAUCCGGAUCUGCGUUCCCUGCCACGCUCGCGUUCCAGAUAAGGGAGUUGGAAAAGGAAACCAAUGGAGCGUUUAAAUUGGACGCCAUUGCAACUGUGAUUGACGCAGAAAACUUUACUGGAUACGAAGAUACAUCGACGACUGCAAAGAUGCAAGCAGCGUAUACCGACAUUCUCCUCAUUAACAAGUGGGAACUCGUAUCAGAACGACAAUUAGACAUUGUCAUGGACCAUUUGUUUACGCUCAACGAGUCGACGCCAAAGAUUAAAUGCAAUGGGCGCGCAGGUGUCGACCCGUCUCUUAUCUUUGGCCUGGACUCAAAACUAUUCCUCACGUCGGAUGGGGAUAGUGCCUUGAAUAUUGCGGUGAACAUCAAGAAGAAGUCGAGACGUUUACUAUUACUCGCGGAACCUCGCCAUCUAUGGGUCACAUCCACAACGAAUCCUGUGGACACACGCAUGCGGAUGAGCACCUCAAACAACCGGAUGUCACCUCGCCUGAACAAGGAGGUCGUCUACCGCGUCAAAGGAUUCGUCAAACUCACAGAAGAAGGCGGAGUGAACUCGAUAAUGAUACUAAACUGGGCAUUUGGACGCUACGAGCUCACGAGUAUCGAUGCCGAAGUUGGUGACAAGGGUUUGAUAGGGGCAAACCUUCGUUUGACCAUUAUGGGAGAGCGAGGCGAGGUCAGAUCAAAAGGAAGAGCGUUUUCGACCCUUCUAGGGGCCGUACUUUCUUAG